AUGGUUCCCUCCCGCUUCAGCUUUAUCUUCGUCCUGGGCCUCCAGGUGCCCUGGGCGGCCUGGGCGAGCAAGGCUCUGGAGCUCCUCACCGAGGAGGAGAGCGACUUGACCCAGAGGAGACUCGAUUUUGCGGCCUGGUGUGAGAAGGAGGUGGCUACGCAGGAGAAGCAGAGGCAAGAGCUCAUAAAACUGCAGGGCAGCUUCAAUGCGGAAGAUUCUGAAGAUGAGUCGUUCGAUGUGCCCUCCUUGCUCAGCACAGCGAAACAGCUACAGCUGUUGCAGCAAGGGAAGGCCGCAGAGCCUCCAUCCCAUAGCAACCUCGAUGUGGCGGUGCAGUGCCUCUCCGAGCUUGAGUCCGAGCUCGUAGCUCGAUCCUCGAGCUGGGCAUUCGGGGGCGAGAAGCAGAGCCUCCAGGCCGUCCGGAAAGUGCUCGGCGACGCGCGGGAGCAGAAAGCAAUGUCUUUGAGCCAGCAGCCGAAUCUCACGGGUGCGCUGCCUCCAGCACAGCUGGAAAUGAUCAAGGCGAGGCAGCUUCAGGCAGCAGAGGCCCAGGCACUUCACCGCGCCAAAAGCCUUGCAGCACGCAGUGGACGCCAGGUGUUGGAUGCAGCAGUGGCGCAAACGAAUGCAGCUCUCUCCGACGCUGCUGGCAUUUGUGGCCUUGGGCGCACCGUGAUGAACCGCACAGAAAGUGCAGGGAAAAAGCUGGUGAAGCAAGCCCUGGAGCUGAUCGGCAAAGCCGAGGGCGCAGCAGAAGCAUUGGCCAGCUCUCAAGCAACCGUCCAGGCGGCCAGCGCCACGGUGAAACCCCAUGGAACGGAUGCUACGGCUUCCUCAGAUGAGGGCCAUGCACAAGUGACAUCAUCACAACUCGCUCACCUACUGGAGAUGUCCCAGGAGUUGCAGCAACAGCAACAGCAAAUGCAGCAACAGAUGGCGGAGCUGAGGCAGCUGCAUGCAGAAGCUUCGCACCACAUCGCGACGGAUGUGCAGACGCCCCCUGCAGCUGCUGUAAGUGCCGUCAAGACAAAGCCUCAAGAGCCGGUGCUCCCAGUACCAGAAGCGAAGAGCUCGGGACAAGCCGCGGCAUCCACAGCACCAGCCCAGGUCGUUGCCAAGACCUCCAUGUCACUUGCAGCGGAGGUUGCUCAGGAGAGCAAGCUGGAAGCAAGCGAGUCCGAGGAGAAAACUCCCGAGGUUCCUGCUCCUGCGCACGGCAGAUCCAGGACAAAGCAUCAUGCUUUGGAGCCGCAGCACCAUGAAGUCCAUGAAGCGCAGGCCAGUGAAGACGAGGAUCUUCCCAAGAUGCAAGCACCCAAGGACUUCCCUGCAGCUUUGCGGGGCGGCUGGCAGGGCUUGCUGGCUAAGAAGCGUGCAGAAAGCAAGAAGAAGCCUUCAAAGCCUGACGAUGCCCUGGGAAUCAUGGAGCUGAUGCAAACGCCGAAGACGUACACUGCUUGGCAACCGGAUCAAGGCGUGGCCGCAACUGCUGCGAAGGCAAAGGACGAUCUGUUAGCAGCAGAGAAGGCGCUCGAUGAUGAUGACGAGGGUGAGAAGGACACCCCUGCCAAGAAGGAUGUCCGACCCUUCCACCCGGAUCGCGCUUCCCUGACCGACCCUUUGGCCUUCUUCCAGUUCGGUUCUGAAGUCAGGCGCCCGGCUCUAUCGGCACCAAAGGAGGACAACCUUGUUGCGAUGCUACUUCGGAAGUUCGCCCUGGCAACCAACAGCACGUUGCUCAUGGAGCUUUCCCAAGAAGAGCUAAGCAAAGAGAGCCUCCAGUCUUUGCUGCACAAGCUGGAGACAGAAUCCGCAGAUGCGGUCGAUGCUCAAGAUUCAGAGAUCCGAAAAAUGUGCGAGGCAUACGAGCAAGAGUCUUCCAAGAGCAUGGAAGAGGAACUUUCCAAUGAGGUUCACAAUCACUACGCGGUAGCCAAGGCUCGGGAGGAGAAGAAGGUGCUACAGCGAGAGGUUCAAGCCCGUGAGCAUCUCUUAUCGGCCUUCGGACGUACUUCUCACCGGCUGAUGACUGCAAAGCAGCUCAUACAAAGUGGUGCUGCUUCAGACAAACAGAGGUUCCAGCAGCUCAACCAAGAAGUGGAGAAGCUUGGGCAAAGCCCGUCGCACACCGAGCUGCAGAUCCUCAUGAGCAGCUUUGAUAACCUGGUCGAGCAGGAGGAGCAGGAACUGACUGAUGCGGUGGUAACGGCGGUCUCGCGCCAAGAGCAAGCCGAGUCCCGUGACCAGCACGAGCUGGAAGAUCUCAAAGCCAAGAUGCGGAAGCUGGACUCGUAUGCACAAGCUCCAGCCACUGCCACAAAGACUGAGCGCAACAAGCUCGAACGCAUCUGUGCUGUGACAAUGAGUGGUGUCAAAGCUCGACACGCGCAGCAUGAGGUUCAGUGUAUAGCAAUUCGGUCUGCUAUAGCUUUAGUGAGCGAACUGACCCUGCCGUAG